CAUUCUUCAAACUCCGUAAACUCGUCGAACUCUUCCAGAAUGAGAACCGCCGUCGCCGCACUUGCGUUGGCAGCUACAGCUGCUAGCCACGCUACAUUCCAAGAACUAUGGGUUGGUUCGAAAGAUGAGGUGUCUACCUGCGCUAGGCUCCCCACGAACAACAACCCGGUUACUAGUGUAACGUCAACUGAUAUUCGCUGCAAUGCCGGCGGCACUAAAGCUGCUGGCGCCAAAUGCAGCGUAGCUGCUGGUGAUUCCGUUACGGUGGAAAUGCAUCAACAACCCGGCGACAGAGACUGCUCGAAAGAAGCACUAGGUGGCAACCACUUCGGCCCCGUUAUAGUAUACAUGAGCAAAGUCGAAGAUGCCGCCUCGGCCGACGGAUCGUCAUCAUGGUUCAAGAUCUUCGAGCUCGGAUACGACUCCUCCACCAAGACCUGGGGCAACGACCUACUGAACAAGAACUGCGGCAAGCAAGAAGUCAAGAUCCCCGCCGACAUUGCCGCUGGCGACUACCUCUUGCGAGCUGAAACAAUCGCUCUACACACCGCAUCCCAGGCAAACGGUGCCCAGUUUUAUAUGAGCUGCUACCAACUCACGGUUACUGGAGGAGGAUCCGCGAACCCAGCUGGUGUUAAAUUUCCUGGCGCGUACAGCGCUAGCGACCCUGGCAUCAAAGUCGACAUCUGGGGUAACGGUUUUACCGAAUACAAGAUCCCUGGCCCGGCUGUCUACUCUGGUUAAAUUUCUCUAAUGUUAUUACGUGGAGCAUUAUAAUAGGGGAGGGAAGGGGCUAGGGGACGGCGAACUUUCGUGAUGUUCAAGUAGUGCACGUCAUAGCGGGAGUUUGCCCUAGGAAAC